AUGGCUUCUAUUACUUCUGAAAGAGCCUGCUCCUCCUCCUCUUCAUCAUCAUCAUCUUCUUCAUCAACAUCUGGAAGGAAAUACGAGGUUUACCUCAGUUUCCAAGGUGAGCAAACCCAAGAUGGUUUUACAAACCAUUUAUAUGAGGCGUUGAGGCAGAAAAGCAUUCACGUAUUUGGGGAUGACGAAAAACUCAGACGAGGAGAACUCAUGAAAGCAAUAGAAGAAUCCCAGUAUGCAAUUGUUGUUCUCUCAAGAAACUAUGUUGAUUCGAAGUGGUGCUUGGAUGAACUUGCCAAAAUUGUUGACAACACACAAAAGACGGGACUAACAGUGCUGCCCGUCUUUUACCACGUAGAUCCCUCCCACGUACAAAACCAGACAGGGCCAUUUGCAAAAGUGUUUGACAAACAUGCCAGGGUCGAUGAGGAGAAGAUUCAGAAAUGGAGGGCUGCAUUGAGAGAAGUGGGCAAUUUAUGUAAUUACUAA